UGCGGCCAUGGUGGCUCACGACGAGCUCGGGGGGCUGCUGCCCAUCAAACGGACUAUCCGGGUGAUCGACGCGCAGAACCAGUCCUUCAGGGAGCAGGAGGAGCCAAGCAACAAGAGGGUUCGACCUUUAGCACGGGUCACAUCCCUGGCAAACUUGAUCUCUCCUGUAAGAAAUGGUGCAGUUCGGCGCUUCGGGCAGACCAUACAGUCAUUUGCCCUUCGCAGUGACAGCAAAUCUCCCGGCUGUGCCCAGAAGUCAUGUAGCAGAUCUGCUGCUCCUACUCCUCCUAAAAGAAGAAACAGUGUUCUUUGGUCCGAGAUGCUAGAUGUCAACAUGAAAGAGUCCCUGAGCACCAAAGAAAUCAAGCGCCAGGAGGCAAUCUAUGAAAUGUCCAGGGGAGAGCAGGACCUAAUCGAAGACCUGAAGCUUGCCAGAAAGGCCUAUCAUGAUCCCAUGCUGAAACUCUCCAUCAUGUCUGAGGAGGAACUCACCCACAUAUUUGGUGACUUGGAUUCUUAUAUUCCUCUGCAUGAAGACUUGUUGGCAAGUUUAGGAGAAGCAACGAAACCAGAUGGAACAGUGGAGCAGAUUGGGCCCAUUCUUGUGAAGUGGCUACCACGACUCCAUGCCUACAAAGGUUACUGCAGCAACCAGCUGGCAGCCAAAGCACUUCUGGAUCAGAAGAAGCAGGACAGGAGGGUGCAGGACUUCCUUCAGCGCUGCCUCGAGUCUCCUUUCAGCCGCAAGUUGGACCUUUGGAGCUUCUUGGACAUUCCUCGGAGUCGCCUGGUCAAAUACCCACUGCUCCUGAAAGAGAUCCUGAGGCACACUCCCAAAGACCAUCCCGAUAUCCAGAUUCUGGAAGAAGCUAUAUCUAUAAUCCAAGGAGUCCUCUCCGACAUCAACCUGAAGAAGGGUGAGUCAGAGUGCCAGUAUUACAUUGACAAGCUGGAGUACCUGGAUGAGAAGCAGAAGGACCCUAGGAUUGAAGGCAGCAAAGCUUUACUGUGCCAUGGGGAGCUGAAGAAUAAAAACGGACAUAAACUCUAUGUCUUCCUCUUCCAAGACAUCCUGGUUUUGACCCGGCCGGUCACUCGCAAUGAGCGUCAGGCCUACCAAGUGUACAGGCAGCCCAUCCCCGUCCAGGAGCUGCUCCUGGAGGACCUGCAGGAUGGGGAUGUGAAAAUGGGAGGAUCCUUCCGAGGAGCCUUUGGCAACUCUGAUAAAGCUAAAAAUAUCUUCCGAGUUCGCUUCCAAGAUCCCUGCCCAGGCCAGUCCCACACGCUGCAGGCCAACGACGUCUUCCACAAGCAGCAGUGGGUGAACUGCAUCCGAACAGCCAUCGCUCCCUUCCAGAGGACUGCAGCCACAGCCGAGCUCAAGGAGCUGCCAGAGCUGAGCGAGGAGCUGGAGGAGAACAACCCCUCCGUGCCCAACAUCAGAGCCCAGAAGAGGCAGUCUGGCACAUCCGAGAUGGAGCUGGAUGAAAGCAUGUCCGAGUGUGGCUCCAUCCUGGACUCGGAGGAAGCCAAAGGAGUGAAAACACAGAGAUCAUCGACUGGGCACAGGACAACGAGGGAGAAGCAGCUCAGUGGGAAGCGGAAAGAGACGCUGGUGUGAAGGAGCCCAGCACCAUCCUGCUUGGAAGACUGUUUAUUUAUAAAUACUGUGUACAUUUUCCUAUGUGAGCAUGAUUGGGUUCCCUCUGCUGAGCAGGACAUUCUCGAUGGUGUAAUGGCAGCUACUGGUAUACAGUUAACCCUGUUGAGCUGCAGUCUGGUUUUACCCACACGGCCACUUUGAACCUGGUUUUAAAGCUGGGAGGGAUUCAGAAACCUGUUUAUGGCAGGUUGGAGGAGCAAACA